AUGAGCUCCCGCGGGUCAUCCAUAACCACCGGGAUCUGGGCCAUGGAGGCGGACCGCAGAUUGAGACGCACAGCAGGGACCAGCACAGGAGGGACCGGCACAGCACAGGAGGGACCAGCACAGGAGGGACCGGCACAGCACAGGAGGGACCAGCACAGGAGGGACCGGCACAGCACAGGAGGGACCGGCACAGGAGGGACCAGCACAGCACAGGAGGGACCAGCACAGGAGGGACCAGCACAGCACAGGAGGGACCGGCACAGCACAGGAGGGACCGGCACAGGAGGGACCAGCACAGCACAGGAGGGACCAGCACAGGAGGGACCAGCACAGGAGGGACCGGCACAGGAGGGACCAGGACAGGAGGGACCAGCACAGCACAGGAGGGACCGGCACAGUAGGGCCUGGCACAGCACAGGAGGGCCUGGCACAGCACAGGAGGGACCGGCACAGGAGGGACCAGGACAGGAGGGACCAGCACAGCACAGGAGGGACCGGCACAGUAGGGCCUGGCACAGCACAGGAGGGCCUGGCACAGCACAGGAGGGACCGGCACAGGAGGGCCCGGCACAGAAGGGCCCGGCACAGAAGGGCCCGGCACAGAAGGGCCCGGCAUGGGUUUGA